ACACACACACAUUUCAACAUCUGCAUGGUAAAGUGUUUUAUCAGGUUUCAGUUUGUUGUAAAGUCCUGCUAUUUUCCAGCCCCCAUGUUCCCCUUGUGUGCCUUGACUACUCAGAAUAACGUUAAUUGACACCUGUACCGUGUUCACGUCUAAGACCUGGUAUUAACAGGCAUAUGUGAGUAGAGUCUUCUCACAUAAAAUGAAUAGUUAAUUAAAUAAUGUGAUACAGUAGUAGGAAAAUAGCCAUCUGGAUAAAUAAAUGUGAUUUUACAAUCAGAUAUUCCAGAUAUUUUAAACCAUGUAGCCUGUAGUAGGUGAACUCUUAGUUAUUCCAUGCCCACAAGACCGGACAGUGAGAGGAUUUCUUAGGAACCUAGGUUAUACAGAUUUGUAAGAAUAAUUCACUUGCACAUAAAACAGCAGCUGUACUGUCUGUGUGAUGUUUUAUUUUAGCUUCAUAUAUAAUUAGUAGAAUAAGUAAAAACCAAUGAAUUCUUAUUCCUUUCUUUUUAUUUAUGGAACUCCAAAUGAUCCUGUAGAAGAACUAAAGAGCAGCCAUGAGCGACAAGCAACAAAACUGCCGUAAGACUUCCACAUGGUCUAAGAAAAAUCAGCCAGACAACGGCCAGAGUCAGGACGUGAAGCCAAAGAGAGUGCGACUCAACCGAAGCCAUCUAUUUCCCCAAGCCAGAAGUCAACUUUCUGAUGUGGGGAAGGAGACCAACAAGACAGAGUCCCCUGCUUCUGAGGAAGCAAAGGAGAUUCCAUCAGCUUCUGUUGUGAGUCCUACACUGAUGAUGGAGAGCUCAGGGAGUGUCUGCUCAGGUGAUGCUGAGCAACCUCCCUGCAGUAGUGUGGAGUUGGUGGAUUCCAUCUGUGAACAUGAAGUGCCCCAGUCCAGUGGAGAGUGCACUGUUCUCCCAGAGGAAGAGUCUCCUGCUUCUGAGGAAGUGCAGGACAUUCCAUCAUCAUCUGUUGUAAAUACUGGACUGAUGAUGGAGAUCACAGGGAGUGUCUGCUCAGGUGAUGCUGAGCUGCCUCCCUGCAGUAGUGUGGAGUUGGUGGAUUCAAGCUUUGAGUCUGAAGUGCCCCAGUUCAGCGGAGAGUGCACUGUUCUCCCAGAGGAAGAGUCUCCUGCUUCUGAGGAAGCGCAGGAGAUUUCGUCAGCUUCUGAUGUGAGUCCUGGAAUGAAGAUGGAGAGCUCAGGUGAUGCUGAGCUGCCUCCCUGCAGUAGUGUGGAGUUGGUGGAUUCCAGUUCUGAACCUGAACAGUCCAGUGAAGAAUGCAAGAAACAAGAAACACCUUCUGAUUUAAGGCCGGGACUGAAAAGAAAACAUUCAGGGAGUGAUGCUGAGCAACCUCCCUGCAAACGUUUCAAGAAAGAAGAGAAGCCGCAGUCCUGCACUGUUCUCCCAGUCGACGAUGAUGAGAUGGAGUUAUUCGUCAAAGCCCUGGAGGAGCUGAGGCUGGACGACAGUGUGGAGACCCAUUUGGAAACAGCUGAAUCUCCUUCUUCAGAAGAACUGGAAGAAAUUACAACACCUGAUUUGAGACCUGGAGUGAAGAGGAAACACUCAGGGAGUGAUGCUGAGCAACCUCCCUGCAAACGUUUUAAGAAAGAAGAGAAGCCGCAGUCCUGCACUGUUCUCCCAGCCAACGGGUCUCCUGCUUCUGGAGAGAUGACACAAACUCCAUCAGUUAAAUCAAGAUCUGAGAGGAAAAAAAGGGCUCCACUGAGUGUCUUCUCGAGUUUUGAACCUCCCUGCAAGCGUGCUAAGCUUCACCAUGGUUAGCACCGGGGGGACAACAUCCCACCAUUUUCCAGACUCCUGGACCAUCUGUCUUUAUUAAAAUCUUUUUAAAUUAAAAAACAAAUAAAGUGAUUUUAUUUGUAAAUAAAAGUGUA